GCUAAAUACAGUACACGUGUGCCUGGUGCUGGGUUCUCAGUCUUAUUAGAAUAAGACUGAAUGCCAGUCUUCAUACUUAAGAAGCUCUCCCUAUCCUCCCUACCCUCCAUUUGGUAAAUGAGGGGUGGUGGAGCAGAUGCAUGGGGCUUUUUCAGGUGCGUCUCUCACAGGUGCGGGAAGAAAAGGUGUCUGAGGAACGGAGCAAGAAAAAGCUUUCAAAGAAACCUUGGGAAAGUGAUGUGCGGAAGCAGAAGAUACUGAAGUUGGAGGAAUGUGAACUUGAGCAGCAAGAACUGCUGCAGAAGAGGAGAGAAGUUGAAGUGGAAGAAAAAGGAAGAGUUUUGGAACUGAAAAAUCUUGUAAAGCAGCAACAGGUGGAACAAACGAAGGAGAGGGAUCUCAAGCAGUGGGGGAAAGAGAAGGCCCCCUAUUCACAGAUGGAGUCCAUGGUGUUUACUGAUAAAAACACAACGAAGGGACAUGGUCUGCAGGAGCCCCAGCAGCAGCUGGCUGAAGAGAAGAAAAUCGAGCAACCGGAAUCUUUUACUGCUGCCUCCAGCACGUGGCUGAGCAAAACUGUGAAGAAACCUAUCUCCACAUCCUGCUUAGCACCUUCAAAGGGCACAAAAGAAUCCAGGUCCCCCAAUAACUAUGGGAUGGAUCUGAACAGUGAUGACUCCACAGAUGAUGAGAAUGAACCUCGGAAGCCUGUCCCUGCCUGGGCUGAUGGGUCUCAGCUUAAUCAAGCCAUUCUGCACCAGUAUUAUCAUCCAGUGAAUGUUGACCAACUCUUUGGGUUGAUAGCAAGCCCUAAGCUGGAAGAUAUUUUUGGCAAGAGCAAGCCUCGGUAUUUCAAACGCACGAGCUCAGCAGUUUGGCAUUCCCCACCUGGGCCCAAAUCAACUUGUGGCAUAGCUUGCAACUUCAAAAACUGAGGAAACAAAUGGCUUUUGGAUAGUGUGACGUAUUGGUUUUAUUUUCUUAGCAUGCAGAUUGCUUACCAUUUUAAACCUUUUUGUACAAAAAUA